UUUUUUUACAAUGCGGUGCCUCGCGGCUCAAUUUGUAAAAAAGCUGCUCCUGCUUUAAAGCAGAGUAAGGCUAGGAUUACAAUGGCACCACGCUGGUUUAACAAAAAGCCCGCCACCCUCCAUUAUUUUGGAACGGAAAAGGGGUGGAUGACGGGCUGGAUGUACCAGCAGUGGCUGGUAGGCCUAGAUGAGAGUAUGCGGUCUCAGAAGCGCUCCAUGCUACUACUUGUAGAUAACACCUCGCCCCACCACGAGACUGGGCUCUCUCUCACGAACGUCCGCGUCGAGAAGUUGCCCCCCAACACCACCGCCAAGAUUCAACCCAUGGACCAAGGAAUCAUUCAUUGUAUUAAUUAA